ACCGUUUCAAUCAAUCAUCAUUCUUCGUUUGGUUUUGUUUCUUCUUCAGCCGCAAAUCCAAGUCGACGAAUACGAUUUUAGUUAUUCGGCCGGAAAGGUUGAUAAUUUUCGGUGAUUAAUCUAUGGAGUUGGAAUUUGAAUCGAAGUAUGAGAUUAAUCGUACGGCGGAGUUCAUUAUCAGCAAAGCUUCACCAGAAUUGCUUUACAGUUCCCAGAUGAGUUGUUAAAGGAUUCGACUAAGGUCGUGAGUGCUCUUAAGAGCAAAACUCGUUUGCUUACUGACAGAGGAAGUCAGGUUCUUGUAAUGGCGGACACAACUUAUGGUAGCUGCUGCAUUGAUGAAGUUGGAGCUCUGCAUAUUGAUGCUGAAUGUGUUGUUCAUUAUGGUCAAACAUGUCUAAGCCCGACAUCGGUUCUUCCAGCAUUCUUCGUUUUCGGGAAAGCUUCGAUAAAUGUCUCCAGCUGCGUUAAGCAUUUGAUAGAUUAUGCGUCAAAGAGCGAUAAGCCUAUUAUGAUUCUUUAUGGUCUAGAAUACGCGCAUGUGAUUCCCCAUAUCCAAGAAGAAAUAGGAUUAUCGAAGACUGAGUCUCAGUUGAAGUUAUCUGUAGCCAAUAUCUUGUGUUCAUUCAUUAGUCCAUCCAAAGAUCCUAGAGAAUCCAUGGAGCAUCCGAGACCAUAUAGCGAAAGUGAUUCUAGUGAUAGCUUAUCCUCAUCCAGGAGCUAUAGACUAGGAGGGCUAACUUGGGACUUGCCAGAAGGAAGCAAAAUCGAGGACUAUUUACUUUUCUGGAUAGGUUCUGACAGUUCAGCUUUUGCCAAUGUAGUACUGACCUUCAAUGGUUGUGACAUAGUCAGAUAUGAUGCUGAAGAAGAUUCUUUGUCCUCAUUCGGAGUUAUGUGUUGCAGAUAUUACUUGGUGGAAAAAGCUAAGGAUGCAAAUAUUAUAGGUAUUUUGGUGGGGACUCUUGGUGUUGCUGGUUACCUUCAUAUGAUUCACCAUAUGCAAGCACUCAUAUCUGCAGCUGGCAAAAAAUCUUACAUUCUUGCCAUGGGACGGCCUAAUCCAGCCAAACUCGCAAACUUCCCCGAGUGCGAUGUUUUCAUCUACAUCUCUUGUGCCCAAACUGCUCUUUUAGAUAGCAAAGAGUUCAUGUCCCCUGUCAUUACUCCAUUCGAAGCCAAUCUUGCUUUUAGCAGAGGGAGUGAAUGGACAGGUGCAUACCUAAUGCAUUUCCAAGAUGUGAUAAACUCUGUAAAAUCGGAAUCAGAAGCACAUAGCGGAUUAGAGGAGCCACGGUUCUCCUUCUUUCAGGGUGGUUACGUAGAAGAUCACAAAACAAACGAUCAAGCUAAGAAUGGAGAAGAAGACACAGGAGAGACAAUGGCAUUGGUACAAGCUGCAGAGAAAGCAUUGCAGUUGAGAGGCAAUGAUCAUAACUCACUGACUAAACAAACCGCUGCAAAAUCAGGACCUGAGUAUUUCCUCAGGCGAGCUUAUCGCGGGUUGGAGAUAAAUAGUGAGAAUACUUCGCCAGAGCCUUACAUAGUUGGGAGAAGCGGGAAGGCGUCUGGAUACAAGCACGAAUAGCAACUCCAAGAAGUUUAGUUUGAUCACAAAGAUAGAUUUGUGUUAGGUCAGAAAACUGUUUUACUGGCUUCGUAUGAGAUUGUUAGAA